AUGAACGAACCGCCCAGUUACUCGUCCGCGGUCUCACACCACCCACAUGACACUUCAGCAACACUUCCGCAAUGCCAACUCUCAAGACACCUGCCGCACGAUCAUGAAUGCGACACACCAUCGCCCUCUGCUUCCGACGAUAAAGAUAAGAGAUCAUUGGAUCUUAUACAACGCUUAGAGAAGAAAUUGGCGGAAUACAAUGCCUCCCAGAAUGUUUUCAAGAGGUGGCUGUUCGAGAUAAUCAGCUGGCUAGUCAGUGCAGCAUGCAUGGGUGCCAUCGUUGGUAUCUAUAUAUCCAUCAGUGGGAAAGAGAUGGCCCAAAGCGAACGGCUUCUCACAGUGGCCAGCCUGUUGGGAAAAGUAGCAUCCGCUUCACUCAUUGUGCCAACUUCAGAAGCACUCGGACAACUCAAAUGGCACUGGUUCCAUCAAUCCAAAGCCAUGUGGGAUUUCGAGGUCUUCGACAAGGCAUCCCGCGGUGCAUGGGGGGCCACACUACUCCUAUUCCGGACGAAAGGGAGAUCACUUGCUGCGUUAGGGGCGCUGCUCAUUGUGUUAUUGCUUGCCAUCGAUACCUUCUUUCAGCAAGUGGUGACAUUUCCCAAUCAAUGGGCCCUACAGAAAGCACCGAGCUCUAUUCCACUCGUUACGAAAUACUUUCCACCUCAUCUGACUUAUUUCCUCAAGGGAGAGGAGCAGGGAAUGUACGACCAAAUUACCGCUCCCGUCAUCAAGAGUUACUUCUACGAAAACGGGUCGCAACCUGUGCCGUUUGGAAGUGGAUAUCGUCCCGAUAUCCCCCUGUCUUGUCCCUCUAGCAGAUGCACUUGGCCUGAAUACGACACCUUAGCGACAUGCAGCAGCUGUGUGGAUGUUUCUCAAGAAUUGAAUAUCACGUACGCAUGCCUCAAUACAACAAUUGACUGGAGCGCCGAAUGGCAAGGUCCGUUGACAGAAGUACCAUAUCCAAUCGGAAUGGUUUGUGGGCAUUUUCUCAAUGUUACGUCGACUACACCGGUACUUCUCUCUGGAUAUAUCAUGCAAGAAAAUGGUACAAGAAACACAACUGGCGAGGCUUUGUUGAUGCGUACCAUUCCUCUUUCUGACAUGGACACAAAAGAGCCCUACUACGGGACUGGAUCUUUUUCGUUUAAGAAUAUCCGCUACCCUAUUACUGAUGGUCUAAUCGCAUCCGCGGCAAACGGGCUUGAUAGUGUAUACCGUCACGAGGCUCCUGUAGUACAUGAAUGUAUACUAUCAUGGUGUGUUCACCGUUUGAGGUCGUCAUACGAGUGGGGGGUGUAUAGCGAAAGCAUUAACGCAACUUUUCUGGAUCUGGCGACUGACCCAGUUCCAUGGCCAUGGACUGUUACCAACGACUUUUACUCCUACGAACCUAACAUCGCGCUUGAAGUGCCAGCAGUGAAUUCUUCGGAUAUCAACAUUAACUAUUCUGUCUGGAACGAAACAGCCUUCCAGAUCAUGGUCAUCUGGGACGACUUCUUUCCCGCGUCCUACACAGCUGCGAAUAUGGAUCAAAAACCUAACUUAAGAUUCAAGAACUACCCUAUUGGCCCGUCUACUCGUUUCUUGGACUUCAAUCCAUGGAUGGCACCGAACAAUGUCACACAUCACAUGCAGAGAUUGGCGUCAGCACUUACCAACGUCAUACGAUCGAAUCCUCAGAGCCAUGAGUUGCUUGUCGGAGAGGCGUACAAUGAGGAGAAAUUCAUCCAUAUCAAUUGGUCGUGGCUCAUCUUUCCAAUUCUACUACUUGUACUGAGCCUAGUGUUCUUGGUUGCGACCAUUUUCAAAACCUCGAAAGACACCGAUACAGGUAUAUGGAAGACUUCGGCUAUGCCAGCGUUGAUAUACAGUCUGCCGAAAGACCUUCAACAAGGACUCGCAACGUCGGUAACCUCGUCAUCGAAGAAUGUCAGGAUCAAACUAAUGCCGAAGCAAGGAUGGAAGGUGUCUGGUCAGGUUCAGCCCGCAUCAACGGCUCCGCCAGGUCUCAUAUAG